UAUGAUUAGCAUGGAAACGUAGUUGGGCUGAGCCCUUGCCAUGUAUUUGUGAUCUUUGUGGAAACGUAGUUGGGCCGAGCCCUUGCCACGAAGUUAUGGUUGGUAUGGAAACGUAGUUGGGCCGAGCCCUUACCAUACAAUUUUGAUGAGUUAUAUUGAGUUAGAGGAUUGUAUAGAAAUGUAGUUGGGCCGAGCCCUUGCUAUACAAUUGGGGCUCGAUGGGACCCCACGGGGUUAUCGUGACUUUCGGUCACGGGGGAAUGGAAAUGAUGAAUUCUAAAUGAAUAUGGGCCCACGGGCCGACUACUUGACUUCAUAUAAAGUAAGUAUGAUUUGAAUAGGCAAAAAGGGGUAACCGAGGGUUAUGGCCUAUAAUGUAAUAUCACCCUGAAUUGAGGGUCUUAGAAAUUUAAACAUUGAUUAUACUUAGUAUAGUUGCUAUUGUACUUGUCAAAUGUUUCCAAGUACUGACCUCCCCUUCACGGGGGAGGCCACCUCACAGUUUCAGGUAGAACUUGAAGGUUGCUGCCACCGCCCGUUGCUUCGGGAAGAUCGAAGGGAGAAGAUGUGAAAUGGAACGUACCGGGAAAGUAACUAGAAGGAACCCGACUGGCUGAGCACCGGGAGGAUCCGUGCAAGGCAGUAGAGGGGCUUCUAGGGUGUCCAGAGGACAGGGCCGUGGAGGCCAAGCUCAGACCGUGAGUGACGGUCAUGUUGAAACAGUCAAUGAGUCUUAUGAGUCCGAGGAGGAUUCGGCGUAUAAACCGGGAACUGAGCCGGUUGAGACCCCAUACGACGGGGAAUAUGACAACCAUGAUGAGGAGAGCGAUGAUGAGGACGCUCUAGAGAGGAUGGAGGAACUGCUCCGACAAUAUCAACAGGAUCGCCAAAGGCGCCGGGCAAGGCGUGCUUUGGGAAGGGCUUCAAGAGGAGGAAGCCAUGUGGGUUCUAGGGGACCAGUGGAGUCCCGAGGAAAUGGAGGUGUCGAGGUCCCUAUGAUAAGGAUCUCGAAGUACCUCAAAGAAGCAAGAGAUUUGGGGUGUAAACCGUUCGAUGGAACGGGAGAUAUAUCCGUUGCGGCGGAGUGCAUCAAGAGGUUCAAUGAAGCGGCUCUUGAUAUGCAGCUGCCGCCAAACAUGAAGAUGAGAGUAGCAACAAGGUUGCUAGAGGGUAUGGCGUCCACAUGGUGGGACGGUGUCAAGGGGAAGUACGGUGAGGCCGUAUCUUGGGAGAAUUUCCAAUAGGAAUUCUUCCACCAAUACUACUCCGACUUCGAGGUGAACUUGAAGAGGAGAGAAUACACCAACUUGACCCAAGGAGGCAAGUACACCGUGAGGCAACUUGAGCACAAGUUCAGGGAGCUCGCGGAGUUCAUACCGGAGUAUGCUUGUGAUGAGAACCGGAUGGUGAAUCACUUUUGGGAUGCUUUAGACUUGGACGUGCGUGAGCGGGCAACACAAUUGCCUAACAUGACGUUUAGUCAAGUGGUGGAGCAAGGCCUGAAAGGAGAGAAGGAAUGGGAGGAAAGGAGGCUGAAAAACGCCGAGGAGGCGAAGAAGAGGAAAUGGGAGAACACCGGCCCUCAAGGUUCUAGCAAAAAGGGGAACCACGGGGGAGGUGGGUCUUUUAGAACACCCGCACCACCAUCACGGGCGAAUCUAGGCCCAGGAGGGCAAGGCUCGAGGUCGCAAGGCUCGAGCAUUAUGAGGUGCAAUAACUGCAAAAGGAACCACGCGGGGAAGUGUCGUGAUCCCCCGAGAUGCUAUCAAUGCGGGGAGGCGGGACACUUGAAGAGCAAUUGCCCACAACUAGGGCGAGCCAUGGGUGCAGGACCUAGUAGCGGGACUACGACAAGUAGAAACCGGACAGGGGCACCUCAUGGGAGCACAGGGCAUGGCGGGCCAAGUACAAGCAACGCGCCAUCCGUAAACCAAGGCAAGACCCAAGCUAGGGUCUAUGCAAUGACGGAGGCGGACACACGUGCUAACCCGGACUCCGUUGCGGGUAAUUUCCUAAACUCAUGUUAUUUACUCCAUUGUAAGCAAUAGGAGCGUUAUAAACUUGUAAAUUUAUAACCCCGACGGGUUUGGUCGGGUUUGAAGUGGAGAAGGGGAGGAAAAUCCCUGCCCUGGGCGAAUGCCGCCCGACAUUGACGAAAGCCGCCCGGCUUUCGUCUUGAUUUAUUGGGAAAAAUACUACGACAACGAAUGCCGGCCGGCUUCCACCGAGAACCGCCCGACUUUCGUAAAUAUUAAAUCAACAAUUUUCCUCGCAAAUGAAAACCGUCCGACUUUCACAGAAACCUGCCGGCAUUUGAAAUAUUUAAUCCGGAAUAAACUGCGGCGCUCAAAGUCGCCCGGCUUCGGUGAAAGCCGCCCGGCAUUCGUUGGGCCUGGGGAUUUCUGCGCUGUUGAAACCCGGUCGGGUUUCGUAGAAACCGGCCGGCAUUGAAACCUAUUCCAUGAAUAAAACUACGGCGACGAAAACCGGCCGGCAAACGUGAAAGCCGCCCGGCUUUCGUGAUUUAUAUACAGGGAAUUGUUCUCGCACACGAAGCCCGGCCGGCUUUCACCUGGUUUGGUCCUAGAGCGGUUCUAAAGGUUAGAAACUGGGGAAAUCUCAGAAGGGUAUCGAACGGACCCCACCCGAACCACAACCAACAUAAUCUACGACUUAAGAAACGAGCCUAUUAAUUAGAUAGUGUGUCUUACAUUACUUAUGAAUGUAGGAACACUAAAGAUAAACGGGAGAGACGCAAGGAUCCUCAUUGAUACCGGGGCGCAACGAUCUUUUGUGAGUGAGGCGUUCGCCAGCGGAUUCAACGGACCACUGGUACCGAUGACUCAAACCAUAUUGGUAUCCACGCCUCUAGGGGAUGAUAUCAAAAGAGAUAGCCAUUAUCCAUCGUGUGAGGUGGAGGUGGAGGGCCAAACCUUGACGUGUGAUUUCGUACCGCUGAGUAUGAUCGAGUUCGAUGCAAUCCUAGGAAUGGAUUGGCUUGAGAAACAUCAUGCUAGGGUCGAUUGCUACACAAAGGUUCUUGAACUUGAAAGCGGUGAAGGGCUUACCUUACGCUUUGAAGAAGAUAGGGGCAAAUCAAAUAGUUGUAUCAUAUCCGCCGUGAGGGCGAGGAAUAUGAUGAGAAAGGGAUGUCACGCAUAUCUAGCAUACGUGGUGGACAAGAACAAAGAGGAGGUAGACAUUAAUGAUGUGAGAAUAGUGUGCAAGUAUCCGAAUGUCUUCCCAAAAGACUUGCCGAGACUUCCACCCGAUAGGGAGAUUGAGUUCGUGAUCGAGGUUGAACCCGACACCAAACCAAUCUCUAUACCGCCAUGCAGAAUGGCACCCGCUGAACUUAAUGAGUUGAAAACCCAAUUGCAAGAACUAUUGGAUAAUGGUUUCAUAAGGCCAAGUCACUCCCCGUGGUGAGCACCGGUCCUUUUCGUGAAAAAGAAAGAUGGAACACUUCGAAUGUGCAUUGACUACCG